AUGUUUUCAGGUUUCGGUGAUAUUCCAGAGUUGCCUCUAGAUGAGGCGUUCCUCUUGACCGCAGCGUUCAAAGCGGAUGACCACCCCCAGAAGGUCAGUCUCGGCGCAGGCGUCUACAAGGAUGAAGAUGGAAAGCCAUGGAUCCUCUCAAGCGUGAAACAGGCCGAGAAAAUCCUUUACGAGGCUAGCCUGGACCACGAGUAUCUGCCAAUUCAGGGCAAUGACGUCUUUCUCAGCUUGGCCCGCGAGCUUGCCUUUGGUGAGACUGGUUCGAAGGGCAACAUCGUCUCUAUGCAAAGCAUUUCCGGCACUGGCGCAAAUCAUCUAGGGGCCAAAUUCCUCGCGGAGCAGCUAGAGCCCAAGCAUGUCUGGAUUUCCGACCCGACAUGGGGCAAUCACCAUCUCCUUUGGACUGUUGCAGGUCCAAACGUUAUCCAGAAGAAGUAUCCGUAUUACGACGCGGCGAAAGGAUCCCUGGAUUCCGAUGGGAUGAUGGCAGCAUUGGAAACAGCAGAGGAGAACGAUGUCGUCCUGCUACAUGCGUGUGCACACAACCCCACUGGUAUCGACCUCACUCCCGAGCAGUGGCGGCCGGUUGCAGAUCUGUGCAAGCGAAAGAGACUCUUCGUCUUCUUCGACUCGGCAUACCAAGGCUUCGCAAGCGGGGACGUCGAUGCAGAUGCCUGGGCUGUACGUUACUUCCAAGAAGCAAUUUUCGACACCCAGAACCCAUUAGCUGGAAUGUGCUUGGCUCAGUCGUUUGCAAAAAGCUUCGGAUUGUACGGCGAACGUGCUGGAGCUUUCCAUCUGAUUCUGCCACCUGGCGUACAGUCUGCGGCAGCCCGGAGUCAGCUCCUCCGGCUUACACGAGCUGAGAUUUCGACACCUCCGCUGUACGGCGCGAGAAUAGUCGAGACAGUCCUUUCAGACCCCAAGUUACGGGCGAUGUGGAAAGCUGACCUGCUGACCAUGUCCGGCAGAAUAAAGCAGGUGCGCUCAAUGCUUAGGCGUGAGAUUGAGAAACUCCCGCGCAGUGGAGAUUGGAGCCGACUGGAGACGCAGAUCGGAAUGUUCAGCUACACAGCGGCCGAGUGA